AUGACCGAGAACAUUCCACCUUUUCCGUAUAUCGAGCUCACGCCUGAGGAUCAAGCUCGUUAUGAUCGCAAUGUGGCAUCCUUUCUCAGCGACGCCGUAGCAGAGUAUUCUGCACAGCGCGGCCAAACUAGCGAAGACGCGUGGAUUCACGUCCGCCGUCGUGAUUCGCUAAGCAUUUACAAAAGUGUGUAUGGCACUCGUGACCCGCAGGUGACACUCUUUAAAGGCACAGGACUUAUUCAUGGACCUGUGGAAGACGUAAUGGACGGUAUCUAUUGCGAUACAACGGAGGAUCUCCGUGCAUGCAAAGUUCUUCUAAAAUACAAACUUGUGAACGGCAGUAUUAUGAAUGUGACUGAGCGACGGAGCCCGGAAGCACCGUACGGGUUUGCUGGCAUCAAAUGGUUUGCUUCUAAAGCAGCUUGGGGACUGUCAAAGCAUCGCGACGUGCUAGCAUAUGAACGCAUGGGUACAACCACCGAUGAGAACGGCAACGAGCUAGCUUACCACGUUCUGCACUCGAUUGACCAUCCGGAUUGGCCUAUUGAUGCCAUUAAGGGCAUGAAACGCGAGCACCAAGUAAGCUGCUUCUUGUUUCGCAAGCACAAUGAGAGCCAUGUCGAAUGCUUCAUUUGGUCUACAGUCUACAACCUUGAUUCUGUAGCCCAACGCGUCGCAGAAUACUUUGUCGCAGGAACGCUUUUAAGCGUUUCCGACUGCGUAAUGAGCGCCCGUGCAAAGAAAUACUCAUUGCUUAUGAAACUCGCACAACACAACAAAUGGCCGGCGAGUUCGCUGUGCCAUAUUUGCUACGGUCGGUCUCUUCUAUCAACGAACCGACCUUGCGCAGGCUGUUUUCAAAGCGUAUGCAAGUCGUGCUCAGACUACCGUUACAUUUUCCACAUUGAUGCAAAGACUGGUCGACCACAUCAGCAGCGAUUCUGUAAACUAUGCAUUAACAGUACAGUUCUUAUUGACUCGCACAACUUUGAGGCAACUGUCAAGAAGAAGGCGACUGAUAAAGCUGUAGAAAAAAAGGAUGUGGUGCGUGUCGCUGAUACUCAAAUCACGCAAAAUCGUCAAAACGCUCCAAAAAGCCCUACAAGGACCUAUUUGGAUUCACAGUCGGUGGCUGAAACGAGCCUACGGUCGAAUUACCUGGACUGGGCUAGUGACUGGAGCAGUCAAGACGACGAUGAUGAUGAAUACCUACGUGAACGUGUUGGGCGGGAUCCUAAGAUUAAGACUAAAAGCUGCGAAAAUGUGUCUUUGUCCGAUCUAGACGCAGAGGACAAAUUCUCUCCUUACCCACCAAUGCCUCAUAUACACAGACAACAAUCGGAAGGACGCAACAGACGCGUGCAGGAGAACCGAGUGUAUCAGAGGCGCGCUAACAAGGAAAAAUUGCAACGUAAUCAGUCGCCAUUGGACCAAUAUGCAGCACCGUCACGAAAACACGAGCCUUGCUACACAAAUAUGCUCCCAGCCCCGUUGCCAAGAUAUCGAUUGCCCUAUCAGUCGCCCGGGUCAAAGACACCAGAGUCAACUCACAGCUUCACAGUCAUCUCAAGCGAUAGCGAGGAGGAAGCUGAAGUCGGUGACCUUCCUUUUGGAGAAUCUGGUUUGGGUCUCAGCCACUUUGACCUUGGCGUUCUUAAGGGUUCACCUAACAACGAUACAGACAUUCUCGAUCAUAGCAUUUAUUCGGACAAAAACAGCCGUUCUCAAAACCGACGAGCUCCUCGAUAUGGGCGGACAAGCCAUGCAGAUAAGGAUGGAUUCCUUUCGGAUCUUUAUUCGAUGUCACGCUCUAGAGUGCAUGGCAAGCACUUUUGA